AUGGCCAUCCAAAUGACAUCUGCAGCAAGCGACCUGCUUGUGGGGACUCAGACAUUCAUACGAGUGGAGGAACAGCUCACCUGGUACAAAGCCCGGGAACACUGUAGGAUCUACCACACAGACCUGGCCAACAUGGAAAGCCUGAAAGGGCCAGGGAGUAUGCUGAACUUGUACUCUCUCCUUAAGGGCGAUCCUGCUUGGAUUGGACUCUUCUUUGAUGUAGACACUGGGACACUCAGCUGGUCCAGUGGGCCAAUUUUCACUACCCCUUUUUGGUUUAUGAAUCUAUCUGAAUUCACAGCUGGAUUCUGCGCUUUAUUGGAGAUGAGCUUCACUCCAAAUGUGAGGGCUGCUCUCUGCUCCACCCAGCACGCCUUCAUAUGCUACUAUGAUCCUGCCAUUGGACACCUUAUUACCAGAGAAUCUCCUCUUAGCAGCUCUACUAUCCCACUCACACCAGAUGAGGUACGGAUUGGUGAGAAGAUCUUUAUGAGAUUUACUGAAGAGAAGACCUGGUCUGCAGCUCUGCAAUACUGCCAGACAUACUACACAAACCUGGCCGAUCUGCAGAGCGUCACUGAGGGGACACCCCUGAAACGCAUCAGCAGCCAGACAGAAGCCUGGAUUGGUCUCUACCUUGAUGGGAACACCGGGUCUUUGAGGUGGUCCAGUAAUUUUGGUUCCAGCAUUCCUUCCUGGCUCUCAGUGUCCAUGUUUGGGGAAGGACAAUGUGGUACCCUGAGACGCUUUGAAAACUUUUUGCCCCGAGUUUCUCCUGCAUUUUGCAGUGAACUGAAACCCUUUAUCUGCUUUUAUGGUAAGUGUCAAUCAACUCUUUACUGGGUAGUGUCCUUCAUCAUUGGACCUCCAAGAGCAAUGGUUGUUCAAUCGGUCCCAUGUCACAUACAUAAGCAGCAGAUAAAUGAAGGACAACAACACCUCCAAGUUGUAGGCCUGGACCUCUCUAAUUCCCCAUUCUUUUCAUUUCAGGUCCUCCGGGCAGUUCCACAGUCGGUCCUUUUUACUCCUUCAGGAAAUAUCAUCACCUCCAACUAUACAACUAUAACAGGUCGGGAAUUGUCCACAGCUGCCAGUCCUGAGCCCCCACGCAGCCUCUCGGGGCCCAAAGCAGUCACAUCCCAGGCUUCUGGGUCAGGGACCAGCCCCAUCACCUCAGGAACGCCUGUCCCCGCUCUGACCAGCACAGCAAGACCAACCACAAGGCUUGGGCCCACCCAGAGCCAGCCGGAACCUGCACCAGGAAGCAGCUCUGUUUUUGGAGAGACAGUAGGUGGGACCAGCCAGGGCUUGUUGGCCAGCUCUGACCUUCCAGGGAUCUCUCCGUUGCUAAGAGAAGGGCUGAAUCGCCCACUCCGAGGCCCUUUUUGUCCUUCAGGAAACAGCACCACCUCAGACUGCACAGCGACAACAGCCACAGCGGUCAUUCCUGAGCCCCCACGCAGCCCCUUGGGGCCCAAAGCAGUCACAUCCCAGGCUUCUGGCUCCAGGACCAGCCCCAUCACCCCAGGAACACCCGGCCCUGCUCUGACCAGCACAGCAAGCCCAACCACAAGGCUUGGGCUCUCACAGAGCCAGCUGGAGCCUGCACCAGAGCAAAGCUUUGGGAUCCUGAAGGCUGAUUUCAACUCUCGAGCUGUCCUGGAAUCUGAAGACGGAAAAGAAAAGUUUUUGAGAGAGAUACAAGAAGCCGUAAAGAUUAUUUUAGGUCACGAGCAAUUCAGAUUGAAAUGGAUCAGCUUUGAAGAGAACCAAAACUAGCUCAAGCCUCCUAAUUUGGAGCUGCCUUCCAAAUAUCUUCUCAUACGUAAAUGCCUUCUAAAUCUGUUCAGCUCCCUUCCCCUAAGAAGAAUCCUUGAUCUACAGACAUCGGAAACCUGAACAAUAGUGCUGGACUCUGUAGAAGAGAGCAAGAAAAUGGGAGAAUAUGGGAAAGGAUUUUAACCUUUAUCCCGUCUCUUACCCUCGUAGCUGGGUGACCAUAGGUAAAUUACAUUUUUAAGCCUAGAAAGCUCUCUAAAUCACAUCUGCUAAGUUACAAAGAUGCCAUAUGUGUUGGUGGAAGGAGGUCCCACACCAGUGAAAUUAUAAUUGAUGGUAUUGCUGUAUUCAACCUUGAACAAAGGAUGAAUAUGAGGGAUGCCAGCUUUUCCUUUUCCAUAUAGCUUGCAUGUUGAGAGGGAACGAUAAUGAUAAUGAUGCUAGAAACCAAUGGACUCCACACUUUGAUUUAUGAGUUAUGAUUUCCAAAUGGACUAGGUUCACCCUGGAAAUAAAAUUUUCUAAGUUCAUCAGUUACAAGUUUUCUAACAGAAUAUACUGUAAAUUCUUUAGGAAAAGAAUCUCUUGCAGUGUGGUUCAAUGAUUAUCCCUCUGCAGGUUGGAUCAAUAUUAAUAACUGCCAUUUUCUGAUAAAUGGGAUAUUUUCAUCUUUUACUAAAAGUAUCAUUUAAAUUAUUCUUAGUAUUGACAUUAUCUUCAGAAGCAUUUUCCUAUAUAUUUUUUAUUCCACUUUUAACCUCCAAAGUCUGCAAAAUUCAGCACUGGAAAAUAAGAGAUAUUACAGGAUUAAAAAAAAAAAAUACUCUCAAAUGUUUAAAGUUAAAGUUUAUUUGUAUUCUUUGUAGGAAUAUCAAUAAAAGACCUCAAAUGUAUCUAUAUCUGUACAUGUACAAGAACCGUCAAAAAUUAUUCACAGAACAAAAAUAAAUCUUCUUUAGAAUAAACCCAGGUAAUGAAAUGCAGAUAUGGAUCUCACAUAUGGAACAAUCCAUGUGCUACUAGCACAAAAAUAUGGCUUUAAAAAUAAAAUAAAAUAUUGGGUUUUGUUUUUCUAAGGUGUAUUUCUCUUUCAUGAAAUAAAAAAUAAAUUAUUUAGCUUGAUCAUUGUAAAAUAGCCCUGUGUAGUAACACAUGCUUAUUAAGGCCCUGGAGAUGAAAAAAAAAAAAAAAUCUAUUUUUAAAAGGUAAUUUCCUCAUGGGAGUGACGCAGGUUGAUGUGCUGUUGUUUCUGAGAGCUAGUUAAAAUAAGAGGAAAUAUCUAAG